UGGGUCGCGUGGAAGGGGGGCGGGGGGGAUACGAGAAAACGAGGGCAGACCCCCGCAGCUGCUCCGGGCCUGCGCGCUCGUCCCCGCCUCCCUGCCUGCCUUUGUGUUGCAGAAGUAGGCCUGGACGGCUGGAAGCCAUGCAAAAGCAGCGGGGGGUGGGAAGGAGGAAGAGAAUGGAAGAAAGGAGACGGUCGGUGUGGGUGUGGUGCUUCAGGAAGCCAACAUGGUGCUGAUGGGGACCUUUCAAUGGGUUCGCUCUGUGGAUGAAAUGAAUCAUGAGUUUCAAGCUCUUGCACUAGAAUCUCGGGGAAUGGGAGAGCUGCUACCUGCCAAAAAAUUUUGGGAACCAGAUGAUCCAGCAAAGGAUGGACAAAAAGGCAUAUUUCUUGGUGAUGAAUGGAGAGAAACUGCCUGGGGAACACCUCAUCACUCUAUGUCCCAACCUAUUAUGGUUCAGAGAAAGCCUGGACAUGUUUUCCAUGGCAACAGUGAAGUGAAUGCUGUCUUAUCUCCUCGAUCAGAGAGUGGUGGUCUCGGUGUGAGCAUGGUAGAAUAUGUGUUAAGUUCUUCUCCAGCAGAUAAAUUGGACUCCCGGUUCAGGAAAGGAGCUUUUGGCGUUAGGGAACCUGAAACAGAUGGACCCGAGAAAGCAGACCAGAAAGGCAAGUCUUCCCCCUUUGAGGAAGACAAAAACAGAGAUCUUAAACAAGGAGAUGACGACGAUGUUACUAAAAUAAAUGGCAGAGGUUUGCCGAAUGGAAUGGAUGCCGAUUGCAAAGAUUUUAAUCGUACUCCUGGAAGUCGGCAAGCCUCCCCAACCGAAGUAACGGAACGCCUGGGACCCAACCCGAGCGCUGCCGAAGGAUUGGCUUCCCUUCCUAAUCCUACAACCCAUAAGCCUCUAGUAGAAGAGUUUUCAAACUCUGAAUCUCAGAAUUUGGAUGCUAUGGAACAAGUAGGUCUUGAUUCUCUGCAGUUUGAUUAUCCUGGGAAUCAGGUACAAAUGGAGUCUUCAGGAGCUACUGUGGGACUCUUUGAUUACAAUUCACAACAGCAGCUUUUCCAGAGGUUAAUAAUAUACUACUGUUCGAGAAAAAACCUGGUAGUUAACCGCUUAACCCAGCAACAACAGUAUGCACUGGCAGCAGCACAGCAACCUCAUAUAGGUGUAUUUUCAGCAGGCUUGGCUCCCGCUGCUUUUGUGCCAAACCCAUACAUUAUCAAUUAUGUCAGGGCUUCAAGACCAGCGGUGGUGCCUCCUCAGUAUUAUGGGGUUCCUUGGGGAGUGUAUCCAGCCAACUUGUUUCAGCAGCAAGCAGCAGCUGCAGCAAACAACACAGCCAAUCAACAGGCUGCAUCACAGGUUCUUCGUACUGGAGGAAGUCAGCGCCCGCUCACUCCCAAUCAGGGUCAGCAAGGGCAGCAGGCAGAGUCACUUGCAGCAGCUGCAGCAACCAAUCCAGCUUUGGCUUUUGGUCAGGGUCUUGCCACAGGCAUGCCAGGCUAUCAAGUGUUAGCCCCCACUGCCUAUUACGAUCAGACGGGUGCCUUGGUGGUCGGCCCUGGAGCCAGAACUGGACUUGGGGCGCCUGUCAGGUUGGUGGCUUCGACCCCUGUGAUCAUCAGUUCUGCGGCUGCACAAGCAGCUGCAGCAGCCUCUGCCGGAGGAACAGCAAACAAUCUUACGGGAGCCGCAAAUGGGCUUUUUCGGCCCCUGGGUACCCAACCUCAGCAGCAACAACAGCAAACAAACAGUAGCCUGCAGUCUAAUUCGUUUUAUGGCAACAAUGCUUUGACCAAUAACUCCCAGAGCAGUUCACUCUUUUCCCAUGGUCCUGGUCAGCCAGGAAACACAUCCCUUGGUUUUGGAAGCAGCAGUUCUUUAGGAGCUGCUAUUGGCUCAGCACUUGGUGGAUUUGGAUCAUCAGUUGGCAGUCCUGCAAGUAGUAGUGCCACAAGGAGAGAGUCUCUAUCUACUAGCUCUGACUUGUACAAAAGAUCUAGUAGCAGCCUAGCACCCAUAGGGCAGCCAUUUUACAAUAGUCUGGGAUUUUCCUCCUCUCCAAGCCCAAUAGGCAUGCCUCUGCCAAGCCAAACGCCAGGACAUUCACUUACGCCACCGCCAUCACUUUCAUCACAUGGAUCCUCAUCCAGUUUGCAUUUAGGAGGACUGACCAAUGGUAGUGGUCGCUAUAUCUCUGCGGCCCCCGGAGCAGAAGCAAAGUAUCGCAGCGCAGCAAGUACCUCCAGCCUCUUUAGCUCCAGCAGCCAGCUGUUUCCUCCCUCGCGUCUUCGUUACAGUAGGUCUGACAUUAUGCCCUCUGGACGUAGUCGGUUACUGGAAGAUUUCCGAAACAAUCGCUUUCCUAAUCUUCAGCUGCGAGAUCUGGUUGGGCACAUAGUUGAGUUUUCACGAGACCAGCAUGGUUCUAGGUUUAUACAGCAGAAGCUGGAAAGAGCUACUCCCGCGGAGCGCCAGAUGGUAUUCAGUGAGAUUCUGCAAGCAGCCUAUCAGCUGAUGACAGAUGUGUUUGGAAACUAUGUCAUACAGAAGUUUUUUGAGUUUGGAAGCAUUGACCAGAAGCUUGCUCUUGCAACACGCAUUCGUGGCCACGUUCUCCCAUUAGCACUCCAGAUGUACGGUUGCCGUGUCAUUCAGAAAGCGCUAGAGUCUAUUUCACCUGACCAGCAGAACGAAAUGGUGAAGGAGCUCGAUGGCCAUGUCCUCAAAUGUGUGAAAGAUCAGAAUGGAAACCAUGUGGUACAAAAGUGUAUCGAAUGUGUUCAGCCACAGUCACUCCAGUUUAUCAUUGAUGCUUUCAAAGGACAGGUGUUUGUGCUUUCAACUCAUCCUUAUGGCUGCAGAGUAAUUCAGCGUAUUCUGGAGCACUGCACUGCUGAGCAGACUUUGCCUAUUUUAGAAGAACUGCAUCAACAUACAGAACAGCUUGUGCAGGAUCAAUAUGGAAAUUACGUGAUCCAACAUGUACUGGAACAUGGGCGUCCUGAAGAUAAAAGUAAAAUUGUUUCUGAAAUCAGAGGAAAAGUCCUAACUCUAAGUCAGCAUAAAUUUGCCAGUAAUGUGGUGGAAAAAUGUGUAACUCACGCCUCUCGUGCCGAGAGAGCUCUGCUGAUUGAUGAGGUGUGUUGCCAGAACGAUGGUCCUCACAGUGCCUUAUACACCAUGAUGAAGGACCAGUAUGCAAACUACGUUGUUCAGAAGAUGAUCGAUAUGGCUGAACCUGCUCAGCGCAAGAUUAUAAUGCAUAAGAUUCGGCCCCAUAUUACGACCCUGCGUAAAUACACCUACGGCAAACACAUCCUUGCCAAGCUGGAGAAGUAUUACCUGAAGAACAGCACUGAUCUGGGGCCAGUUGGGGGGCCCCCCAACGGGAUGCUUUAAAGGCAAAUCCCAGAAGCAGCCUGGAAGAUAAAUUUUUUAUUGUGAAUGAUCAAAACACACAACUUAACUGAAAAUGUGUUUUUUUAAAAGAAAUAUCUAUUUAUUGACUUUUCAUCCAUUUGUAAAAAAAUUAUUAAUGUGUAUAUUUUUGGGGAAUGAAUUGCAGCAUAUUGCCAUUCCGUAUCAGAGACCUAUCAGAUUGCACGGCUCACAAAGCACAGAAUGCCUGUAAAUGAUGUACCUAUCAGAAUAGCUCUCACAUUUUGUAAAUUUUUACCUUGUAAAGUCACUGAAUAAAAUAGUUUUUAAAGGGAAAAAAGUACAGUAUUCUUUUAAUAUACUGGCUUACAAUCUGGCAGGUCUACCCAACUCCAUAGCACAACAUGUUUAUAUAAUUGUAUAUAGAAUUAGUUUUCAUUUCUUCCCUUUGUGUGAAACUUUUUUUAUAACAGUUGACAAUAGAGCAAUUAAGUAAUUAUUAUUUAACAUGUUCCAGAAAGUUAAGUUCUGUAUUUUGGUGGUUCACAAUUCGUAAUCCAAAUAGCAAUCAGGGCACUGAAAAUAACCAGUAAGGACGAGAAAAUGUGAAAAUGUGAUAAUAUGGAAUAGUUUCUACCUUUAUGUCUCUGGAAACCAUUUUUUUAAAUCACAGUGCCCUUUUUUUCUCUCACACUGUAUAAAAGAUCUGUAUAUACGUAAAUAUUUAAUUGAUGUGAAGGGUAGGGAAAUAAAAUCAAGGUGGUACUUCCGUACAGCAAUGUACUGUCGGGGGGGUGGGGGGAGUAAACUUGCACUGAAUCAACUGGCAGGCUACCAGUGCAAGAGAAGGGAGUGUGUUGCUUUGCAUAUAUAACUAAGACAGGAUUUGAAAAUGUUGAGCAUACGUUUUUGUGUCCGUGGUGAGUUCAAACCAUGGGUGUUUAAUGGAGGAAGAAAAAGGUCACUGAAACUUGAUAGCUCAACCUCUAAAGCAUGAUUAAAUAUUCAGAUAGCUUUUUGCUUCCUUAUAAAUAUAAGCAUUGUAUAAGUGUAGUUAAUAGAUGUAACUUUACAGUUUGUAAACAACUUUUUUUGUUUUCAACGUUUUACAAGCUUUGCUAAUGGAGUAGUGAUGCUUGCCUUUGGUUGUACAGAUGUACAUUUGUAAACCUUCAUGCUGUAAAUGUAAUUUGUUUUACCCCUUUUGGGAAGAAAAUUUGCAUUUUAGUGUAUAUUCAUAUCCCUGUCCCUUAUUGCCCUGACAUAGUGUUGUAUAAUGUAAAUUUAUUUCAGCAAAAUCAAGACUGAUUUUUUAAAAAAUUCUAUCUUUAUAUGGUUUCAAAAAUAUGAACCAGCUUUCUUUUAUCUAUUGUGAGAAACCUUUUUGUUUAUAACCUAUUCUGUUAAUAUGGACAUUUUGGGAAAUUAUUCAGCAGAAAUAUGAGAAUAAACACAAAUUAAUGGACGGAAAUGCUGACCACACCUGACCAGUGCUUCUUCCAUCUUAAAUGUGGCACGAUUUGUUUUUGUACAGAAGAGUACUGUAUUUUUGAAGAGCUUGUUUCAUCCUAAAGCAAAUAUGUAUGAUACUGUCAAUUUUUCUCUGAACAUGACACUGUAACAGUAUGAUAAAGAUGUACAUUUACAAGCGGCCUUAUGUACAUUUCCCAGUUUCCUUUUUAAGGCAGAAUUGUGACCAUAUGUGUAUAAUUAAAAUCCUUUUUAAUCCUUUGCCUAUGAAAAUAUUUUGGAAAGAAGCUUACUUUGUAUAUUCAGUUUCUGAAAGAUAAAAUGCUUUGUAUUUUGUUCAAGUCAGUAUUUUGUGUAAACCCUUCUUUGUUUUGAGGGCUAAGAUAUAGAUUCUUUCUUUCAGUGGCUAGAGGUAGUGAUCGAACUAGAUCAUAUGAAAGCUUUUUUGUGGGAAGGCAGGAGAGUGACACAACUCAUGUAUACAGUACUUUGUAUCACACCAUACAGGCCAUUGCAACACAGACUUCCUUAAUUUUUUAAUUUAAAUGUAUGUCACAUUUCAAUUUAUAUGCUAGCUUGCUCCUUUAUAUACCUUUCACGAUACCAAAUUUUCCAGUAGUAAUGCCAGCUUAGUAUUCUUCACUGCAUUUUCAUCAGAUCUCCAUCUUACCUUUUCAUUCACCACUUCAUUGUGACUGAGGAAAGUGGGGUCAUUGUGUUCUAUCUCAUAUAGAAUGAUCCUCAUAGCCUUAAAACAAUUCAGUAUUGUGUGGUACAUUAGUCCAUUGAAGACCCCUUGGCUGGUUAAGUGGGAUAUUUAUGCUUUCUUCUGUUAGCUGGUCGAUGGUUUUCCUAAUCAGUUUUAUUAAAUAUAUUUGCACAGUUGUGUGAAAAAAAUAGUACCUUUUCUCACUUAAUGUAUAGGAAAUGUCUUUGGUUUUAAGAACCGCUGUGUUCGUUUUGUUUCAGUCUUUUCUCUGAUGCAGAUUUGGCUGUGAAAGACUUUGCCGAGCGUGUUUAGGUCUGUUCUGCCUUUAGGCUGCUCUCAGUUCAUAUUAAAUAAUGUAAUGUUCACUUGUAAUAUGCUGUAAAGAAAACAACAAAAUGAAAAAAAAAUGUGUGAAUAACUUCA